AUGGCCACAACCGAAGAUCUUGAUGCAGAAAUCAACGAUUUGCACGCCCGCGUGACUGCCUACAAAGUCAAAGACCCCGACCCCAGUGCGAUCAACAACGGCAACAUCCUCGGCGUCAGCAUCGACGUCUCGAUUGGCGGCAAAUUUAUCGAGACAUAUCACGUGCUUCUGAACUGGAGAGAGCGCAUCGGCAACAGGCUGCUGAAGAUACACAAGCACACUAUCCCGCCAUGUAUACCUCUACAGCACUUGGCGAACAAGUGGCUACCGACGAGUUGGAAAGACGCUGAGAUCGACCCGGAGCAGGACCUUGUGCGCUUUGGGAGACUACUGAGGAAAGAACUGGUCAGCUGGCACAUGCGGGUCAAGGCUGUGGACGACUUGAAGCAGGAGGCGGGGAUAUCGAGCCUGAAGCCACGGGACGCAAACGAUGGUGAGGUCGCGAACGCUGGGCAGACUCUGAACGCAUUCGUUAGCGACGACGAAGCGAGCUCGGACGUGGAGGAAGAUGGCAUUGAGGAGGGACCUGUCCGCAUCCUGGACAUAGAGAAUGAUGCAGCGGUGCGGGAAAUCACAAUCACAUGGUCGGAUCGUAGGGUGGCGGUCAUGACCGUCACCAAAGACGGACGCAUCGAGAAGGCAUCCUGCAGAGCCAGGGACGGCGGUCGGGACAUAUCAAUGAGCACAAAGGCUAUCGGGCCCAUUGGAGGUCUCAUCCGGCGACUGAACGCAACCCAUGUCGGAGAGAGGCGUACAGCAACAGUGAUGGCGGAGGGACGGAGUUUAGUGCUUAUCAUGAUACCCGGGUUUAUUUACAAUUUCAUUCGUAGUCGACGUGAAACUACAGCUUCUUGA